UAGAUCAACCAUGCAGAGUUUUAAACAAAAAAAUUGCAAUGAGCAUGACAUACAAGCUUGCACAUUGCAACCAUCUGUGUCCUCCAUUACGCCAUCACUGUAUUGACUUUUACCAACUAUAUAUUUCAUAUAUUAUUUGAUUUUUAUUACUUUAAAAAAAAAUGUUGUUAUCUUGUCCUUAGCUAAUUCCACUUCAAGUAAUAUAAUCCCAAAAUCUUAUUACAGUUUUUAAAGUCCAAAAACCUCUCUUCAACAUCCACCUUAUGGGUUUCCUACCAUUUUUUUCUUUCCUCACCAUUUUUCUCCCUUACAUCUUUGCAUCAUUAGCCUAUUGUUAUUGUCCCAUAACUACUUGUACCAAUGAUACUCUUACCCCUAUCCGUUUCCCAUUCCACCUCGAUCACCAAAGAACAGAAAACUGUAGCUACCCUGGCUUCGACCUCCACUGCACAGACCGCGGCCACACUGCUAUAACUCUCCCUCAUUCUGGGGAGUUUUUAGUCCGUCAUAUCAACUACCAAACACAAAUAUUACUGGUAAAUGAUCCAAACGACUGUCUCCCAAGGAGACUGCUAGAAGGUUUCGACCCCUCUGGUACGCCUUUCCAAGCUGAUUUUUAUGACAAUUAUACAUUCCUCAGCUGUCCAACAGACUUCAUUGAUGCUCGUUUCGAUGUGAUUGAUUGUCUUAGCAAUUCAACAACAACAGUUAUAGCAACUUCUCUUACAGAUUUUACUGCUGAUGUGUCUAGAGCAUGUCAGUUAAUUAGGACUGUUGCAGUUCCUUUUUCUUUGUCUGAAAAUAAUAGUUUCACUUCUAGGCUUAGACAAGAUGUCUUGCUUUCUUGGUUUGUUCCUGACUGUAAAGAUUGUGAGGCCAGAGGACGUGUUUGUGGAUUCCAGAGCAAUGGCAACAGGCAAAUUGGUUGCUUCAUCAGAAAUCUUCACAAUUCUGGUGAUCCAGAGCAAACAGAAAACAGUACAGGCCUGAAAGUAUUCAGAAUUAUUGCAUUUUCAAUCGCGAUUCCAGCGAUCGCUUGUGCAGUUGGGGUAGGGGUUUUCUUAUGCAUGAUGGAUAGGCGAGAAAGGAACAGAAGCGCUCAGGUUACCAGAACAUUACAGCAAAUAACAGGAACCGCACAGCCCCUAGAUACCACAAUGGGGCUAGAUCAAGGCACCAUCGAUUCGUACACUAAGGUAGUGCUUGGAGAAAGUCGUCGAGUGCCAGGCCGGAAUGAUGGGUCAUGCCCUAUAUGCUUGUCAGAUUUUAGCGCCAAAGAAACAUUGAGAUGCAUACCUGAUUGCCAGCAUUGCUUCCAUGCUGAUUGCAUUGAUGAAUGGCUCAAAUUGAAUGGUACUUGUCCACUUUGUCGCACUUCGCCUGCUCAUCAUGCCCAAGUCUAGAUUAGCUUGAAGAAGGGUAAUUCAGAUUAGAUUCUUUCUAUUCAUUUUUACCAGGGAAAUUCAGAUAGUUACAAUCCCCCCCCCCCCCCCCCCUUUUUUUUUUUUCUGGUUGUAUGUACCGGGCAGCUUGUACCAAACUCGACAAAGAGUUCGACCUUCAGACAUGUACAGUAAAGUCGAAUAUGACGGAUGUAUUCACGAGUCCAGCUAAACACCAAACAGAUUACCCUUAUGUAAAGUAAAAAGACAACAUUCUUACUCCAAGACUAUACAGACAUGUUCGCCCUUGAUUGAUAAGCAUGAGUAAGGGUAAUGUCAUUACAAUUCGCUAGUUCUCUACCACACUGUAAGCACCUGACGCAACUCACACCAUCUCGUCGUAAGUAACAGCAGAGAUCAUCAGACAGCCAAUCUUCUAACAGCAGAGAUCAUCAUACAGCCAAUCUUCUAACAGCAGAGAUCAUCAGACAGCCAAUCUUCUAACAGCAGAGAUCAUCAGACAGCCAAUCUUCGAACUUCAAGAUGCGAGGAAAUAUGAAGAAACGUUGUUGGAUGAUUGAAAGUUCAAGUCAUAAGCUCAUAACCCAAAACCAUAGAUCAAAGUCAUAAAAGGACACUUUUCAAAUAAAACAAUUUCUAAUCCAGGUCACUGAGUUAUAACUGGCAUGAUUUAUAUAACAAAAAUUUUCCAACAGUGCACAUAAUAUACAGUAAAUACACCAAAAGGAAAUUACAAAGACAUUCACUAUGUAGCUAGAGAGGUACUUGAUAAUGUUUCCAACUCGAAGCUUGUAACAACAUUAACGGACUAUAUUAGAGCUCAAAGAAAGCCGCCGUCUUGCAGAGUAAUGUAGGCAGUGAGAGCUUCAUUCAAUAGAAACAGCAAAAAUCUCAUUUUUUUGCCAGCAGCUUCUUAGGAAGCUUCUCCAAUGGCGU